AUGGUAAUGGCUAGUGUCAUUCAGAAGAUCAUACCUCACUAUUCUCUUGCUCGUUGGCUUCUCUGUAGUGGCAGUUUACGGUGGUACCAGCAUCCUACUGAAGAAGAACUACGGAUUCUUGCAGGGAAGCAAAGAGGGAAGAGCAAAAAAGAUAGAAAAUACAAUGGUCAUAUUGAAAACAAACCCCUAACCAUUCCAAAAGACAUUGAUCUUCAUCUGGAAACAAAAUCUGUGACUGAAAGGGACACUAUUGCACUGCAUUAUUUUCCGGAAUAUCAGUGGCUGGUGGAUUUCACGGUUGCGGCCACAGUUGUGUAUGUGGUGACGGAAGCCUAUUACAGUAUUGUGAAGCCCACACAAGAAAUGAAUAUCAGCGUAGUGUGGUGUCUGCUUGUCUUGGCUUUUGCAGUUAAGGUACUGUUUUCGUUGACUACCCAUUAUUUCAAAGUAGAGGAUGGAGGUGAAAGAUCAGUCUGUGUCACCUUUGGCUUUUUCUUCUUUGUGAAAGCAAUGGCAAUUCUCAUUGUGACAGAAAACUAUCUAGAAUUCGGACUGGAAUCAGGAUUCUCGAAUUUCUCAGACAGUGCUAUGCAGUUUCUUGAAAAGCAGGGUUUGGAAUCCCAGGGUCCUGUGUCUAAACUAACCUUCAAAUUGUUCCUGGCUGUUCUGUGUUCACUUAUCGGUGCUUUUUUGACAUUCCCUGGCUUGCGACUGGCUCAAAUGCAUCUGGAUGCUCUGAAUUUAGCAACAGAAAAAAUAACACAAACAUUGCUACAUAUAAACUUCUUGGCACCUUUAUUUAUGGUUCUACUGUGGGUAAAACCAAUCACUAAGGACUACAUUAUGAACCCACCUUUGGGCAAAGAGAGCAUCCCUUUAAUGUCAGAAGAUACAUUUGACACCAUGAGGCUGUGGAUUAUCGUCCUUUUAUGUGCUUUACGGUUGGCUAUGAUGCGUCAUCAUUUACAGGCCUAUCUGAAUUUAGCACAGAAAAGUGUAGAUCAGAUGAAAAAGGAAGCUGGCAGAAUAAGUAUGGUUGAUUUACAGAAAAUGGUGGCUCGAGUAUUCUAUUAUCUUUGUGUAAUUGCACUGCAGUAUGUUGCACCAUUGGUAAUGCUCCUUCACACAACUCUGCUCUUGAAAACACUAGGUAAUUAUUCUUGGGGCAUCUACCCGGAACUGAAUUCUGACACUCCAAUAGAAAACAGUCUGCUUCCCAGUUCAGUUUAUUCUGAGUCUCCACCUGCUGAUGGAAAGAUGAAAGUAACUGUAUUACAAAUAACAAUGGCUUUGGGAAGCUUGAAGAAUAUUUUCACUCCUCUCCUGUUCCGGGGACUCCUGUCUUUCCUCACCUGGUGGAUUGCUGCUUGCCUCUUUUCUACAAGCCUUUUUGGGCUUUUCUAUCACCAGUACCUGACUGUGGCGUGA